UGUGGGAAGAGCUUUAAAAGGAGUUCCCACCUCACCUGCCACCAACGAAUCCACACAGGAGAGAGACCCUUUCAGUGCUCUGAGUGUGGGAAGGGCUUCAACAGCAGUUACAACCUUACCUGCCACCAACGCAUCCACACAGGAGAGAGACCCUUUAAGUGCUCCGAGUGUGGGAAGGGCUUCAAAAGCAGUUAUGAAUUGAAGGUGCACCAGCGCAUCCACACAGGAGAGAGACCCUACAAGUGCUCUGCUUGUGAGAAGAGCUUCAAAAGCAAUUCUGAAUUGAAGCUGCACCAGCACACCCACACAGAGGAGAGACCUUACAAGUGCUCAGAGUGUGGGAAGAGCUUCAGCAGAAGUUCCCACCUCAACUUCCACCGGCACGUCCACACAAGAGAGAGACCCUUUCAGUGUCCUGCGUGUGAGAAGAGCUUCAAACGCAGUUAUGAAUUGAAGAAGCACCAGUGCAUCCACAGAGGAGAGAGACCCUUUCUGUGCUCUCAGUGUGGAAAGGGCUUCAAAAGGAGUUCCCACCUCACCUGCCAUCAGCACAUCCACACAGGAGAGAGACCCUUUAGGUGUCCUGAGUGUGGGAUGACCUUCAGAAUCUGUUCUGAAUUGAAGUUGCACCAGCGUAUCCACACAGAGGAUAGGCCCUACAAGUGCUCUGAGUGUGGGAAGUGCUUCAAAAGGAGUUCCCACCUCUCCUGCCACCAGCACAUUCACACAGGAGAGAGACCCUUUCAGUGUACUGAGUGUGGGAAGAGCUUCAAAAGAAGGCCUGAUUUGAAGCAGCACCAGCUCAUCCACACAAGAGAGAGGCCCUUUUAGUCUUCUGCGUGUGGAAAGACCUUUAAAAAGUGUUCUGAACUGAACCUGCAUCGGCGCAUCCAUAUGGAGGAGAGACCCUUUCAGUGUCCCGCGUGUGGGAAGAGCUUCAAAAGAAGAUCCGAGUUAAGGGAGGCCCUGCAAGUGCUGUGAGUGUGGGAAAAGCUUCAAAAGC